GGAGGAGGAGGAGAAAGCUUGCAGUUAGCAGCUCUGCAGGAGGUGUGGACAUCUGUACUGAAGUUAGACCAACCUCAAGAUCAUAAACAUGAGGGCAGUGGUGUGCCUUUGACAGGAACUCUAUUAUUCCCAGGAGGAUGCAGCAGCCUCAUUGGUGUCCCUGGACUUCCAAAAUGCAAGGGAUUUUGUAGGAGCCCCAGUCAGAACAGCCCCAGGAAGCCUGGGAGAUUGUGGGCUUGGUUUGGAGGUGCUGUUUACCAACAGUCUUUAGUUGCCACACAGGAAUCUGCUGUGGUUCUUCGGAAACAGGUGUACCUCUUGGAAUUUACCACUUAAAGCAUGGUAGAAAAGCAGCGUUGCCCCCUGCAGAGGGAUGGAGUGUACUGGUGGUUUUCGGAUCUGACCUCUUCACAAAGAAUUGAUUUCCUUUGUGGCCUCCUAGACCUGUGUAUACCCCUAGAGCUCCGUUUUUUGGGCUCCUGUCUUGAGGACUUGGCUCGAAAGGAUUAUCAUGCUUUGAGGGACUCCGAGAUAAGAGCUAAUAAUCCUGCUGAUCUGGGAAGUCUGACCAACCUAACAGAUGAAGUGGUUCGAAGCAAGCUCCUGGUGUCCCUGGCUCUUCUAGCUUCUGAUAACCGUGAGGCUGCUGGUGUGUUAUGUCGGACGCUAACUCACAUUGACUCAAUCAUAGACAACUAUGGUCUGCAGCUCAAUGAUGGAAGGACUGGGGAUGAGUUUUUGUUGCUCUUUACCAUGGCCACAAACCACCCUGCAUUUAGCUUUCAUCAGAAGCAGGUGCUAAGGAAGGAACUGGUCCACAUAAAAGCACGACAAAGUACUACUAGUGCUGGUCCUACUACAACCCCUAAUGUCCUGACAGCAACCGUCACCACCACCACUGUUACCAGCAGUAAGGUAUCAUCUGGCUGCUCCAAGGUAAUUGAGUGAAUUGGAGAGGACUAGGCAGUAUUUUAUCUCUUUCCCCCCCUUUAGCUUUUAAAACAGUUUUGCUAUUGCA